CGUUUCGUGCCUGAAACACAUGAAACUGGUUAUAAAAUAACAAUGCGUUUGACCAUAAAUGAUGUUGACGCACAAGAUUUUGGGUCAUAUCGUUGUGUAGCCAAAAACUCUUUGGGUGAUACUGAUGGAGCAAUUAAACUUUAUCACAUUCCUCAAACCACAACUGUAACAACUUUAGCUCCAACUGUUUCAACUAACACUGUACCCAUGUUCGUAACCAAAUACCAUAAAGAACAACGUUAUAACUUUCAACAGAAUAACAAUAAUAACAACUACAAUCAUAAAUUGCAAAGAACUAAAUCAAAAAUGGAUUUACCGCAACAGCAACAACAAACAACAUUAAAUAAUGUAUAUAUCGGUGCAACAUCAACAUUAUGGAAUACACAGCAACAGCAUCAACAGGAUCGUUAUAGUGGUGUCAGAGAGCAUUAUAGUCAUCAAGCGCCCGAUCAUCCCAACUAUCGUGGUAAUUUGGAUUCCAAAUCAACUUGCAGCAUGAUGCCAACUCUUUGUCUCUCGAAAAUAAUGAAGUGUAUGCUGCAGCUAAUGUCUUAAAAACUCCUCUAGUGUAUUUUAUAACCAUUUACCUGUUUAAACAAUUAGUCACUUUAUCUGCACACAUUAUGUGUAGCAAUUAUAAAUAAUUUUUAAUUAAUUUACACUUAAAUUCAAUUAAAACAUAAAAGCAAAAACAAUAAUAACAACAAAAACAAAUUAAUUAUAAACCGAUUUACUUAUAGACGCACAUUUUGUUUGGAAUGUUUAAUACUUCUUUUGUAAUAAAAACGUGUGGAAUUUUAAUUUAAAUUAAAAUAUUUAAUUAUGAAAAAAUAAAAACAAAUGAAGAAAAAGUAACUAAAUAACGUCUACUAUAGAAUUUAUUUUGUAAUCACAAGUAAAAAGAAAAAAAGGAAAAAUUACUUAGUAUUCUGUAGUAAUUUUAAACUAAGUUGUAAGAUUUUUAAGAUUAUUGUGUAAAUAAGAAUAUAAAUGUAUUUUAAGUUCAUUAAGUACAUAUAAUUAAAUAAAAAUAAAGUAUUUAAAUAUUUUCGUUAUCUUUGUGUCAUAAGUGAUUAGUUUCUGUCUACUAGUUGAUUUAACUUGUUAACAAUUAUGAUUUCCUCAAUUCAAAAUUACUUUACAAAUCUGAAGUAAUUUAA